AUUUGACGUCUUUCGAACGGGCGAAAAUGGAAUGCCGACGUCGCAGUCAGAAAGCGCCCCUUUCUGUUCAGAGACGUCAAUCGAUUUUCCUAUGGUUGAUUCGGUGUGAACCAUUUCUGUGAAUUUCAUUGGGAAAUACUUGCAAGCCGUACACGGAAAACUAUUGAAAAAUGUCUCGUUUCUUCGCCGGUGGUGGUUCGGAUUCCGAUUCCGAAAGCUCGUCUGAUAGUGAGGUCGUAGCACGGCCAGCAGCCCCUCAAUUCACUUUCAGCGAUGAGGAAGAGGACGUCAAGCGCGUCGUCCGCUCGACGAAGGAGAAACGUUAUGAAGAUUUGUCCAACAUUAUCAAGAACAUCCGCAACUACAAGAAGAUCAAGGAUAUGUCCAGCAUGCUGACCAGCUUCGAGGAAUUGACCCGGGCUCAUACUAAGGCACUUCCGGUGAUCACCAAGGUGGAGAAUGGGGUUACUCCCCGUUUCAUUAUCCGCGCCCUGGCCGAGCUGGAGGACUUCAUCAACAUGGUCUGGGAAGAUAAGGAGGGACGGAAAAAUCUGUCAAAGAACAAUUCUAAGUCGUUAGGAACGCUCCGUCAGAAAUUCCGAAAGUACAUCAAGGAGUUUGAUAGCGAUUUGAAGAAGUUCCGGGAGUCUCCGGAUGCAGCAGAUGAUGACGAAGAAGAGGAGGAGAAGAAGGAAGAAUCCGAGUCCGAAGAUGAACAGCAUGUGGCGCCAACUGCGGCCAAGGCCGUUUCCUUCAAGAAGGAUGUGCAGAAGGUGAAGGUGGACAAGGAUGACGAUGAAUCGGAUGAUUCUAUUGAUUGGGACAUGGACUCGGAUUCAGAUGAAAGCUCGUCGGAUGAGGAAACUCAGUACACCAGCAUCCGUGAACGGUUCUUGAAGAAGGCUGAUAAGGAAGACGGAGACGAUGCCGAAAAUAAGAAGGAAAAGAAGAAGUUACAGAAGGAUUCCAAGGAUAGGCUGAAGAAGAAGCGCGCUGACGACGAUGACGAAGGAUGGGAGGUGGUCAACGGAAAUCGUUCGACCAGUGCUGAGCAGCCCAAGAUGUUCGCUAAGGAUGCUGAGAUCGAUGUCAACGUUGUGAUUAACAAGCUGAACGAAGUGAUGGCCGCUCGUGGCAAGAAGAGAACCGAUCGCAAGCUUCAGAUCGAGUUCCUGAGGGAGCUGCGCACAAUUGCUGACACCCACAAUCUUGGAGAUGCGGUGGCCGCUAAGAUUAGGUUCAACAUUGUCUCGGCUAUUUUCGAUUACAACCCUAAGGUCUCGGAGCCGAUGAAGUUGGAACAUUGGUCGAAGCUGUUGGAGGAAAUUCAAGCACUGAUCAAGCUCCUCUUGGCCAAUGAAGAUAUCAUUCUGUCCGAAACAAUUUUGGAUGAAAACGAAGAGUACGAAACGGCACCCUACAAGAUCCGUGGUUGCAUUCUGACUGCCGUAGAACGUCUGGAUGAUGAAUUCACCAAACUGCUGAAGGAAUGUGAUCCUCACAGCAACGAUUAUGUUGAUCGCCUGAAGGAUGAAGUCACUGUGAGCAGUGUGAUUGAGCAGGUUGUGAAGUACAUCGAACGUCUCGGAAACGACACGGAAACCUGCAGAGUUUAUCUGCGCAAGAUCGAUCACUUGUACUACAAGUUUGACCCGAACGUGCUGAAGAAGAAAAAGAAGGAACUUCCGGCCAACACUUUGACAUCCGUUGAUGAAAUGGAUCGCCUGUGUCGCUUUGUUUACGCAAAAGAUCAAACGGAUCGACUGCGAACCCGUGCCAUCCUCUCGCACAUCUUCCAUCACGCCUUGCACGACAACUGGUUCCAAGCACGUGAUCUUGUACUGAUGUCCCACUUGCAGGAAACCAUCCACCAUUCGGAUCCUCCCACCCAAAUUCUGUACAAUCGUACCAUGGCUAAUUUGGGUCUUUGCGCCUUCCGCCACGGCAACGUCAAGGACGCCCAUCAGUGUUUGGUGGACCUCAUGAUGACCGGCAAGCCGAAAGAACUGCUCGCCCAGGGUCUGGUUCCUCAGCGUCAGAACGAACGCUCGCUGGAACAGGAGAAAGUGGAAAAGCAGCGCCAGAUGCCGUUCCAUAUGCACAUCAACUUGGAACUGCUGGAGUGUGUCUACCUGGUGUCGGCAAUGUUGCUUGAGAUUCCUUACAUGGCUGCCCACGAGUUCGAUGCCCGUCGUCGGAUGAUCAGCAAAACGUUCUACCAACAGCUAAGAUCAUCGGAAAGGCAGUCUUUGGUUGGUCCCCCUGAAUCCAUGCGUGAGCACGUAGUUGCGGCCGCCAAAGCAAUGCGCCACGGAAACUGGAACGCAUGUUCCAACUUCAUCGUCAACAAGAAGAUGAACGUCAAGGUGUGGGAUCUGUUCUACGAAGCCGACCGCGUCCGCGAAAUGUUGACCAAGUUCAUCAAGGAGGAAUCGCUGCGCACCUACCUGUUCACCUAUUCCAAUGUGUACGCCUCGAUCAGUGUGCCUUAUUUGGCGGAAAUGUUCGAGCUUCCCAAGAGCAAGGUCCACUCUUUGAUCAGCAAGAUGAUCAUCAAUGAGGAGCUGAUGGCGUCGUUGGACGACCCGACUGAAACCGUCGUUCUGCAUCGUUCGGAACCCUCGCGUCUCCAGGCCCUGUCCAUGCAGCUUUCCGACAAGGUCACCAAUUUGGUCGACUCCAACGAGCGCAUCUUCGAAAUGAAGCAAGGUAACUUCUUCCAACGCGGUGGCAACCAGGGCUACAACCGUGACCGCCAGAACUACCGCAACCAGGGCCAGGGCCAGAACUGGAGCGGCAACCGGCGCAACCGUGAUGAUAACCGUGAGAACCGUGGCAACCGUAACCAGAAUCGCGAUCGCGAUCAUCGUAAACAACACCGAGUGGAAUUCGAAGAGAAGGCUGAGUAAUCGGCUAAAGAUCGAUCCGGUUCCUAAUCCCAACUGUAGGACAAAGGAGACGCGGAAAGGUGUAUUAGGCAGACGCAACAAGAUCGUACAUUUAAAGAAGAAACAUUUGCGUAAGUGUAUCAGUCUUAUUAAUUUGGCUAAAGUAUAAAUAUUAUCCAACACAAUAGAAUGAAUGCAGAAAUAAAUUGGUGCUGGUUUCCCGAUCUGGAAGCUGGUUCUCGGUUGAGUGGGUUUGCCUCCAGAUCGGGAGGAUCUGCAUAUAUGAAAGGGGAA